UGGAAAAAUUUUACGACCGAGUCCAGUUAAACUUUAAACCCCUUCACAAUCCCCCUUUUUUUUUCUUUUAAUUUUCCAUAAUAUUUUCUUUUAUUUUUAUCUUUCUUUUCUUCCUCUCAAUUUUGAAUCCCGCGCAAUCCCAAUUCGCUUCUCCACUUCUUCCUCUUCUCGUUCUAUCUGUUCGCUUUUCAGUUUCUAGGGCUUAUUAUUAUUAACGUUUCAUCUUCCGCCAUGUUUCUCGCGCCCUAACAGUUUCUCCCCGAAAUCUCGCGCCGACGCCCGAUAAACUCGCCAAUCGAUGGCGGCGGAGGAGAUGGCUCCUCUCGUUGGCGGCGGCGAUUCCUCGUCGGCGACGGCGAGGGCUCAGUCGUCGUUCGUGAAGAAAGGCGACCGGCAAAUGUUCACGGUGGAGCUCCGGCCGGGAGAGACCACCAUAGUGUCGUGGAAGAAGCUCAUGAAGGACGCCAACAAGGUCAACAAUGGAUCUGCUUCCGCACCGGAGCACCGCGCUCCCAAUGCGAACCCUGCGCUCGAGUCCAGAAUCGCUCCGUGUUAUCCAUGGCGAAUGGUGGAAUGCCAAAAUUCCACCACAUAAACAUGCCAUUGCAACUUAUGGCGCCGCCAUUGCGGGCCUUUCUUCACAAAUUGCCUAUGAUGGUUGGCAAAAAUUCCACCUCGCCAUUCUGCCUUAGCUGCUAUUUAACUACACUGGUUUUGGCAUGGUAUAAUUGCAUCAACGCUAAAGCAAGGAAAUGUUGCUUCUAUGUCGAUUAGCUGACUGGACGUGAAAAUGUGCAUCCCCGAUGCAAAUCCAAACACAGGACAACCUAAGGAGAUUGAAGAAGAGGGCGCACCUCAGACAAACCGUUUCAGUGCUGUAAUAGAGAAGAUUGAACGCCUUUACAUGGGUAAGGACAGCAGUGAUGAGGAGGAUGCACUUGAUGUUCCUGAUGAUCAGUAUGAUACAGAAGACUCUUUCAUUGAUGAUGCUGAAUUGGAUGAGUAUUUUGAGGUUGAUAAUUCUGCAAUCAAACAUGAUGGAUUCUUUGUAAAUAGGGGGAAAUUGGAACGCAUAAAUGAACCUCCAGUAUUACCUAUCCAGCAAGCAAAGAAAAGGCGCCGAAAAGAUAUUCCGAAGAAUCCUGGAGAAAAUAUUGAUAGUCAUGUAUCAAAUAAACAUGUAAAAGUGGGCAAGACUGCUACUGGAAAGACUGCAUCAUUACCUGUGAAAAAUACAAUUAGUUCCUCCCAUAAUUUGGGCGUACCUGGUGAACAUUAUGAAGACAUGAAAUUUCGGAAUCAAUUGGAUGUGUCUGGAAUUAGUUCGAAAAGGAAAACUACGGACACUAGACCAAUGUCGGAUCCUCCUGUUUGUUCAAAAGUAUCAACUGAUGAUGCUCCUGCUGCUGCAGAAGAUGCUGAAAAAAAGAAGACCAGAGUACUUCAAUCUAAGAACACUAGUGAUAAAUAUAAAGAUGCAAGUGGCUUGCUUGAUACUUCUCAUCAGAAGUACCAUGAAAAAAGUGCAUCUGCACAUUCCAAAUCCCACUCUGGAAAAACCUCAAGUAGUGUUGACAAUUUAGAAAAGACUGGUCGGUUAAAAGAUAAAAAUGGCAUCCGUGAACUGCCAGAUCUUAACUUGUCUGUGGGAAAAUCUGCUAUACAAGCACCACUUAUGCAGAAAUCUGAAAAUGUGCUCAAGAAAGAUGGUUCUACUGCUAGGCCUAAAAUUACAACACUUGAGAAAGCUAUUCGAGAGUUGGAGAAGAUAGUUGCAGAAUCAAGGCCACCAACUAUGGAAAACCAGGAGCCUGAUACCACACCUCAGGGUGUCAAACGGAGAUUGCCUAGAGAAAUAAAGCUGAAACUUGCUAAAGUUGCUAGAUUAGCGCAGGCAAGCCAAGGGAAAGUAUCAAAGGAGUUACUUAACCGUCUUAUGAGUAUUCUUGGACAUCUGAUUCAGCUCAGAACACUAAAGAGAAACUUAAAAAUUAUGAUCAGUAUGGGUUUGUCUGCGAAGCAGGAGAAAGAUGUUAGGUUUCAACAGAAAAAGAACGAAGUUAUUGAGAUGAUUAAGAUGCAGGCCCCGACUAUGGAAUCCAAGCUACAGAAGCAAGCUGGAGUAUCUGGGGAGCAAGAAUUAGGUCCUGAUGGGAAGCCAAUAACUACAAGGAAUUUUAGUAUGGACACUGCAUUGGAAGACAAGAUUUGUGAUCUCUAUGACCUUUUUGUUGAUGGGUUAGAUGAAAAUGCUGGUCCGCAAAUCAGAAAGUUGUAUGCUGAGCUUGCGGAAUUAUGGCCAAAUGGUUACAUGGACAACCAUGGGAUCAAGCGUGCAAUUUGCAGGUCAAAAGAAAGGCGCAGAGCACUGUACAACAGACAUAAGGAUCAGGAGAAAAUUAAGAGGAAAAAGUUAUUGGCACCUCGACAAGAGGAGGAUGUUCAAUUUGAUCCUAGUCCAAUUACUUCGCAACAGCCCAUGCGAGAAAGGUUAGCUACAGACUCUAGCAGUCAUACUCAUACUUCAGUAAACAAGACAGUUUCUAAUACAAUCACCGCUGCACGGGUUCACAAUCCUUCUGAGAAUGGUCCAAAACAAGAAAGAGCAAAGGGAAGUUCAAGUGGUUCUCUGGAUGAUGUCAAGGGUGCAGACGGUGUUUUAAUAAAGAAAAAGGUAAAGAGAAAGCCAGAUCAGGGUUUGGAAGGAACUCAUUUUCGCCCCGAGAAGUCAGCAGCUUCUCUGCAAGGAGAAGAAAAACCAAGAUCCCUAAAGCAGUCUGCAGGUGUUCCCCCCAAAUCAAACCUUCAGCCAACUUCUCUACCUGGGCUUGAGCAGUCAAGCUAACAUGAUAUCAACUAGGAUGUUUACUCGACAGAAAGUAUUUUACAGUUUUUCCCCCCUAAUUUUUUUUUUGGCUCAAUUCUCCCAAAAUCAAUUAAUAUUCUACUUACUGUUACCAUUUUUGUAAUUAGCGUCCUUGCAAGGUUCCAUGAAAUAUAGGUAGAUUUGUUGGUUGUUAAGUCAUAUUGGCAACUCGAGUCUGGCCUCACCGUGCUUCUCGCAGUUAGUGGUGCUUCUGCAGCGAGAUCGCAAUUUUGAUCAAAGAAACAAAUAAUCAUGAAUAGGGGUUGAGUAAACGAGUAGCAGUUGCCCCCAUCUA